AUGAAACACUCGGAGGCCAGCGAGAAGGAAGCUUGCAAUUCCGAGCCAGCUUUGGAGCGUGCUAGAGUGGAAUACCCCCCUCAGGAUGGCGGGAUCAGGGCCUGGCUCUUUCUUAUCGGUCUUCUAUCGUGGAAAUUACUGCUUGGGGCUUUCCUUACUGCUAUGGUGUGUUUCGGGAGUACUUUUACACCCAUGAGCCCUUCAAAGGCGCUACGAUCGUUUCCACAGGUGGCAUGUUGGUCGGAUGGGGUCUCGUCACCUUCGUUGUCACGACAUGAUUUCGACUUUCUCCGCAAGCCACUGUUCCUGAUGUUUCUCGCUGCGACUAUCAUCCAGGCCCUGGCUCACUAUGGACCAAGCGUUUAUCUCCCCUCGAUAGGAGCCGACUUUGGCUUGACGCCUACCCAGGGCGCCUUGCUUGUCAGCCUGGUUAAUCUGUCACAGGCUAUCGGUCAACCUCUACAAGGGAUGCUCGCGGAUUCCCGCGCAUCGCUUUAUGUACCAUUCAUUAUCAGCACUUUGGGUGGCGGCCUCGAGAGCCUGCUUAUCUGGCCUUUCGCUCGCAAUCUCUGGUCUCUCGUCAUUUACUCACUCAUCUUCGGCGUCUUCACCGCGGCGCGCGGUAUGGCUAUCUUCACGUCUGCCUUUGUCACCGAAGCUCUCGUGCACGAAGACCUUAGGGAUAUAAGCGGAUAUGGUGCAGGGCCGAAAUGGCGUGACCUGAUGGUAUAUACUGGCGUGAGUAUGACUGUUGCCUCGUUGGGAGCGUUUGGGAAGUUUGUGCGUUAUGACUGGAAGAUCGGUGCUACCAAGCCGGAGGCGACUUGA